AUGGCAGUUGACUGCCAAGAGGAGCCGCACGUUGUUCCUCUGUUUGAGGCUUGCCCGACGUCAUCCCCGAGCAAAAAGACCAGGGUGCUGACGUCACGGCCUGAGCCGCCACCCAUCUACCGUUCGACGAAGCCGCUGACAGAGCCCAAGCAUGACGCGGACAAGCUGUUCUUCCAUCGGACGAGAAAGUACGCUGUCGGCGAUGCCGUGGACGCGUUCAUCAACAUCUGCUGGUGGGAGGUGCACAUCACCGCUCUGAACGGCCAGGAGGCACAGGUGGAAGCCAAGCAGCCUCCUGAGGGUGAAGGCGGUGCUGCCUCCGUCAGCUUCAAGCAUCUGCGGCCGACGUUCAUCUGGAAGAAAGACACGUGGACGCUGCCCCCGACCAAGGAUGGCCUACCUCCGCUGGGAGUCUUCGAAGUUGCGCCCGAAAGAUUUUCACUCCCGACCGGUUUCCUUCCCCGGUCGGCGAAGUCCGACCAACCGGCUGACGAUACUGUCACCGCCACCAGCCUGGCAGCCGAAGACAUCCGGCGAGGUUUCGAGACGCUCCUCGAGAACGUGCCCCGGAGAAGUCACCCGGGCGGAUUCCAGCGCGAGCUCCGAGGGUUAUCCAAGCAGAAGAUCCAGCCGUUCCCGACAAGUCCGCCAGGCAGCGGAAGCGGCGGAGCGCCCGCGCGCACGCGCGCGCUCUCGAAAGGCUCGAGCGGCAAGGAGGGAACAAAACAGAAAGAUCUGGAGCCUGUUAGCGAAGGCUUGGGCUGGGGCGGGAAAGCAAGUCGCGGCCCCAGAGUCCGGAACGGUUCCGCAGAGAGCGGAACAGCGGAAAAGCCGUCGGGUGGGAACGAGAGCGAUCGGCCCAACGUCACACCUGUGCGUCAAAAGCAGCCGAAGAAGCCGCAGAAAUGCAAAGAGGAGCCGGCGGCUGAAAAUCCCGGUCAGUUUCUCCCAGAUCUCCUCGGGGGAUGGGAAAGCGUGUCGGUUGACGUUGCCCGGCGCGCCUUCGAGCAGCUGAACGGGUGGACGCCCGACGAGGCCAUGAUGCGGAGCCGGUGCGUGGACAUACGGGCGUGGUACCGAGCAAAGUUUGAGAAGAUGCUCCAGAGCACGCGCCGCUUCGUGCGGUUCCUGAGGGCAAACAAGCACGAGUUUAAGUCGGAGCGCUGGGACCGGGGCCACGUGUCAGUCGGAGACUGGCCACCGCAGAACGGCAAGGGGCAACUAGAGGCGGACGACAAAAAGAGCGGAGCAGGUACGGUGAGCGCAGCUGCUGCUGACGUAACGAAGCGGAUGUCCGGGGGAAAGGAACCGCAGCCCAAGCAGAGAAUAAAAUGCAGUGAGGGCCGGGGCCGCGCAACAGAAGAGCGGGCGCUCAGCGCGCGCGAUCGCCAGCUUCACUUCCCCCGGUCGGAAACUGGCCCCACGCUGAAACCUUCCCUACAUGGGCCAGCGUUGUGCGAGGGCGUCAAAAAAGCUAAAAGCAAGCGGCGCUUCUCUACCGACCCUCUCCCAGUUCUGGCCCUGCCGUGCCCCCUCCUGGAAUCGCGCCAGCCCGUCGCACAGCCCGCCAUGCUACCCGGUACAGACCGGCUACCAGUUCUCGCCCUACCAUGCCCCCUCCUCGAAUCGCGCGAGACGGUCGCACAGCCUGCGAUGCUGCCCGGUACGGACCAUUCGGUUGCAAAGCAGGCAGAAACGUCGACGUACGAUCCCACGGCUCCUCUCCAGCAUCAUUCUAGAGCCCAAACGAGUCAAGAAGGGUUCUAUGACGAGACUGAAGCCAAGUCGAUAGAGCGGGGCUCUCGAGUACGGAUGGAACCAUCUCUAUCCGGGUUGGGAAUGGGAGAAAAACAAAGAGCGGAAGCGGAAGGUGGAGCAGAACAUGAGGCGGAACCAGAACCUCAAGGUGAAGAGAAAGUGAACUUGCAAGCGAGUGUAAGAGCGGAAGGGGAAGACAAGUUUGGGACUGAAGCGGACGCCAAAGUGGGGGAAGAGGUGAAAACAGGAGUGGAGUUGUCGGCGCCUUCUGAGGGAGCCUCUAUGGAUCCUAGCCUCGGUGAACGGCGGUCUUGCAGUACGGAAAGGUCUCACCAACGGACGAAUGAAAGCGGCGCCGACUUUGUCAGCUGCCUGGAGCCGUCCGAGGCCGAAGACUCGGCGCGCGCGUUGCUUGACACGUGGACGCCGGACGCGCUGGACGAGGCACGUGGGCUGUUCUACAUGGUGAACGGGUGGCUGCCGGACGAGGACGAGCUGGGGGCGGUAGAGACGUCCGAAUGGUUCCGACAGAAGCUGGAGCGACUGGUGAAGGCCGGGGAAAGAUGCUGUCAGAUAGAAGGCGGGGAGGGCGUGCGUUUCGUUGCGUGGGUAGGUGGAGAGGCGGCGCAACUCAAUGAGAAGGGGGGAACAGAGGAAGGCGAUGCUGAAGAACGAUGCCAAGAGCGGGGAGCACGGGAUGCGGCAGAUUUGGGCGACUUUAGAGGUGGGAAAGCCGAGCCUUCUAAGGGGGAAACAACGGAAACGGUUAGGGGGGCAGUCGACGAAGAGCCAAGCGUCCCAUUGACGGCGAUGCAGAAAACCUCCGAAGACCCCUGCGAAGCGAGUAAGAUAGAAGACGAUGCAGAGAAACAGAGAGGAGAGUGUCCAAAUCUGGAUUCAGAGGGCUCCCCAAAAGGCAAAGCGGCGGAUGGGGGCGAGGUUGAAGCCGGCGGUGAGGGCUCUGGUGAGGGCGUUUUCGAGCGAGCCUUCGAGAAUUUUGUAAAUGAGACAAGCGAAGCCUUCUGGACGGGUGAGAGUGAACAAGAGUGGGCGAAUUCGAAUCAGAAGGGCGAGUCGGAUUUAAAAGCUUCCCGAAUGGAGGCGAGCGAGCAGGGUGCGGAAGUUUCUUCGGAAAGCGCAAGGGUGGAGCCUAGUUCUGGGGCUGAAACGCAGGCGGGCUUGAUGUGGACGCAAAAAAGCGCAAGGGGUCUGAGAAGGGGAAAGGAGGUGCCUUCGGAGGCACCGGCGAUCGGGUCUCUGGGCCCUGAGGAUUCUGAAAAUGCGGCGCUCGCAUUGGAAGACGGGCAAAGAAAAGACGCAAAGGAGGAAAAUUUGCAACUAAAGGAUUCCAAAAACGAAGCGGAAGCGCAGAGAGGAGCCGAAGCAGGAAGGGAGCCGGAAGCGGAGCCGAGAGAUCAGGCGGAACGGGGCGCGGAAGCAGAAGAAGAAGCGCUGGACAGCGAAGCGAAAAGGGAAAUAGAAGUUCCUGUGGAGAAGGAGCAGCCUCCGAUUACAGCUAAUAUUCAAAUGGACGGAUUGGAAGCGCUAGAAGUUGCGCGGACUGUGGUGAGGAUGGAAAUGUCAACCGAAAUUGAUGACUUUCCGCUUGCUCUGCGGUUUGGCUUGGGGAAGGCCGGGAAGGUGGCUGUCGCAAAGAGCGGUGUGACCGAAGGUUUAGAGGUUUUAGGUACGGGCAGAGUGUGGGCCGGAGACAGCAGCCCAACGGAUGCGGGUUCAGUCCAAGACGGUGCAGCGCCAGCGGUGUCCGCUCCGGAAGAACUUCCGGCGGAAGAACGGAAGCCCGUCGUUAGUGACUUGGCAGGGCAGAACCUGGAACACGCGCAGAACCGUGACGACUUCCGCAAGCAUCUCCUGCGCAACGUCUGCGCUCUCGCCAACGCAAGCCGGGAGCGGAAGGCGGAAGCGGUGCGGAGGAUGGGUUUCCGCCGGCGGAGUCCGUUUAUCGCGGAAGCCUUCGACGCGCAGAGCGCGGCCGCGGUGAUCGAGGCAGUGGAACGUGCGGGGCUUCCUUGCCUGUCGCGGAAUGCGGCGACGGGCCGUUUUGAGGUGGGGCGGAAUGCUAACGGAACGGCGAGACACAGGAUGCCGGACGGAUGGUACGAAGAAGUGGUACGUGAGGUUGGGUACCGAGGUGCAUCUAGCCAGAAGGCUGCAGCGGAAAACGACGGGUGCUCAACUGGAACCGGACUCACGACGCGGGAGAAAGUGAAGGUCUACAACUUCGUCGGAAAGCUGAUGCAGGAUGUUGUUGUGAUGCUUCAAAGAAUGCAGAAGGCGGAACGCAACGUGGUUGACACGUCCUCUUUGCAAGACGGAGUGGUGCUACUUUCAGCAGAAAACUGCGCGCGCGCGGCCGCGAGAGAUGGUCAAGCGGACGGGCAGCGCGGUGACUACGUCCAAGAAGAGCCUGGCGAGCAGAAACUCGACGCUCCGUACGAGGCGGCUGGCAGAUUGGAUACAAAGCUCGUAAGGGGAGAAGCAAGCUGCACGACGGGGCUGAAGGAAGCUCACGAGCUCCUGCGGAAGUUGGGGGGAGCGGGAAGCUUGGGCCUCGAGAACGCGGCUGCCUCCGUCCUGAGACUGAGAGCCGCGGAAGUAGCAAACGAAGCCCGGAACAUAAAGGAAACGGAAACGGAUGGGGAAGAAACAACUCCGAGGCUUUUUCAGGGAAGAAAGGAGCCUUUGCGCCCGGCAAAAGAGGAAUCCGAGGGAGCCGCUUUUGAGAACGCCAGCGAGGGAGAGAACCGGCAGCUGCAUUUGCGGUUCGAAGACUUACCGCUCGCUGUGUUACUAAACUCAAGCAAGGCCGGGGGGAUGGCAGAGGCGGGUGGCGGAGGAUCUCGUGCAGAUCGGGAAGCGGAGGGGAUCUACCCAGGUACGGUUCUACCUGCGGGCGAGGAUUUGCAAGAAGAGAGGCCAACCGUCAAAGACAUGUGUGCUGGAGCUGAUGACGUGGCGGAGCCGGAGCGUGCGAAGAAGACACGGGUCAGCGGGCGCUUUCUGCGCGCAGUGUGCGCGCUUGCCAACGCGCGCAAAGAAGAGAAGGCGGAAGCCCUGAGAAAGAUGCAGACUCGUCCCGGAAACAGGUUCUCUGAGGGUGGGUUCGACGCGCGGCGCGCCCUCACGCUGCUCGAGGCCGUCGAGCGCGCAGCUCUUCCGUCGCUGACGCGGAACGCGGCGACGGGCCGUUUCGAAGAAGGGCGCACAGCUGACGGAAUCGCUAAAACGAGGCUGCCGGAUGGUUGGCACGACGCAGUAACAUUCGAAGUUGGUUACAAGGCGACUUCUGCUGAGCGGGCGUCUCAAGAUAUCAGGAGUAGUUUGGGUCCCGGUCCCGUAAUGACGCCAAAAGAGAAGAACUAUAUGAGCAACUUCGUUGGGAACCUGGUCCAGCAGGUCAAUAAAGUCCUCGAAAAGUUUGAGCAGGCGGAGGACGCCGCCUCGGAGUGUCUGCAGUCGCUGGGUCUGGAAAGUAGGAAGCCGCUUCUGCUUUUGAACGAGGCCCCGCGUGCGAAAGAGUGUGCGAGCAAAUCCCAGCUCAGAGGCCAGCAUAUCAAUUCAAAGCAGAUCAAGAGAAAGCCAACAGCAGCCAAAACGGGUUUAACUGAGGGGACGGCAACUGAUCUUUCGAGCAAAGAGGGCAAUCCGCGGAAGAGAGCCAAGCACGGCAGCGUCAGCAUAGAUCCUGAUCUUCUGCGCCCCGUUGGAAUCCAAAACCAGCCGUCGAGCAAGGCCAGUUUUGAAGGGGCUGACCCGCGCACUUUGAUACAGGGUGCUCUUCCGAUAGACUCCGCUUUGCGCAGAGGAAUAGAAGUUCAGGGCCCAGGAGCGCAAGUCGAAGCGGCGGCAGCAGCGGUAGAGCCAUCACAGAUUCAGACAUGUUCCGGCAAAUCUAAAGGGAUCAAAGUUCUGGAAAAUACUGGGCCGUGGGCGAGCCUGGGCCUCGCCGGGGAUCCAGCAUUCCCUGAGCAGUCCUCAAUCGGAAGGGGCCCCACGGAAAACGAAAGGUGUGAGAAGCGCGACAAGAAUACGACAUUGCUAAAAUCUGCUUCCGCUCCUGAAGAAAGCGAGCCAGAGCCAAUAGUUCUGAACGAGUUUUUCCCGAAGAAACGUGCAACCGGGGCUAGAGACGUGGCAGAGUCGGCGCGCCGCGCGCCCAUUCAUAAGCGGCCCCCCGGCCGCCUGCUGCAGAUGAUAUGCGCGCUCAGCAACGAGCGCCGGGAGCGGAAGGCCGGAGCGCUGCGCAGAAUGCAGUCUGAGCGCGCGUCGAACCGGGUCGCGCUGGACGCGCGCCGCGCGCUCGCGCUGUUGGAGGCGGUGGAGCGAGCCGCGCAACCAUACCUGGCACAUAACGCGGUGACGGGCCGGCUCGAAGUGAAGGAGAGCGCCAACGGGAGCAAGAGAGUGACGAUGGGCGCAUGGCAUGACGCUGUGGUUCGGGAAGUGGGCUUCAAAGGUUGCUGGGCUCAUUUGGCCCCCAAGGAAGAUGGGCAAAAUACAGAGGCCAGAGAGGAUAGAAAGCUGACAAAGGAGGCGAAGAGAUAUAUGGGCCAAUUCGUUGAGAAGCUAGUACAGGAGGUUCUUCACAUGCUGGAGUGCAUGAGUCAGGAGGAAGUAUCCCUUAUGGGAGCGCUGUCGAUGCUGGGUCUGGAGACCGGAAGCCCGCUCCUCGCAAUACCGAACGAGGCCGCACGCGCAGCCGGGAGCGAUCACAAACCUGCAAAAAGGAAGCCCGAAGAUCAGGCGUUGAAACGAAAGGAGAAGCGCAGCGAAACCCGGUGGGGGGAGGACGUCCAAGAAGGUAGUACACCAGGGGAAUGCGUCGGUGAGGGCCGGCCAAUGAAGAGAGCGAAGCACGAAUCCCUCACCCAAACUCCAGAGUUUCCAUCCCGUUCUGAAACCCAAACUCGUCCAUCGGAACCAGCCUCUUCUGGGCAAUUCGGGAUGCAAGCAGGUCGGCAAGAUAGCGUCCGGUUGAUGAUGAGGCCGGGCGCUUUCGAGAGGAACGGAAACGGAAGCGCGGAGAUUGGCGAGCUGUUCGCGGCCGCCUGUGCGAUCUUGACGAAAGCUGGGAUUCCGGCGGACACCGGCGGAAUGCAGGAUGACGAGCUGACCCGCCUGCGGAGCGCGAUGCGCCCGGUGUUCCGAUCCAGCGUGCGGUGGUUCAACACCGCCCUCGAAGACCUCAGGGAUUACGCCACCGAGCCAAACCCUCCGGCGGGUGGCCCCGCGGCCGCGCCCGCCCGCGACUGGGAGGCCGACUUCGAAGCCGCGCCCGACGUGCUAAAGCUGCUGGGCGUGCUCGCCAACUUCGACCGGUCGUACGCCGCGCUCCUGGGCGCGCGCGCGGUCGCCGUCCAUCGGGCGGUCGCGAGCACCAUGGAGAAGUGGAAUGUGCGCCCCAGAGAAGAGGCGACAGGGGAGGAGCGCCCGGGGAAACGAGCGCGCGCGGAUAAGAAUGCGGGGAAAGAAGAGCGCGCGAACAAAGAAGCGUCCGCGCACAAAAGCGCCCCGGGAAAAUCUCGCCCGGUGGAAAGAGCGCGCGGUCCGGCCAAAGAAGCGGUGGGAGUGCCUCAGGAGACGGGUGGUAUGACCGGGGAGCUGCCGGAGGGUGUCCAGGUUGUUACCUCGGGCGUUGCGGAUUUUUGGCGGCCGUUUGUGCGCUCUGCGCGUGAGAGAGGGUUUGCGGGCGACAAGUCAAGAGAGCCAAGCGGAUCGACGUUCUUCCCCUUCAUGGACCGAGCCUUCCUUUCUGAAAACCUGGAGCCCUCCGCCCUCACGACCGGGGAACGCAGUCCCAAAAUUCGGUGCAACGUCCCAAGGAGCGCCACAAGACAGUUUUUCCGCUUCAACCGGUGCUAA